ACCGACGCUAUUUUCGAAAAUUUCAGCAUUGUGAAUUUUACAAACACAGCUGCCUCGAUGGGAAAAAUUGCAUUAUUUUCAUAAUCUUAUGAUCUCAGAGGCUUCCGCAUCAAGUCACGACUAUGGAGAAUGACUUCGAAACGGUAAUGAACGUGUAGAUUAGUCCGUGUUUAGUUGAAAAUGUUUCCUUGCAAUUGUUGGGUAAUGGUUUAAUAUAGUUUAUAACUUUAUAGUUUUAAUAUAAAUAUUAAAUAUAUCGAUAUGAUAUUCAGCUUAGAAAGUCACGAAAUGAUUCUAUCAUUGCUAUGUCACAAAGCUAGUUUUAGUUUGAUAUUCUCUUUUGUAACAGCUCUCAUAACUACAUAAAACAACGCAGUCUGUUGAACAUUAUUCCGUCUUUUGCGUCUAAUCAUGAACAACUGCAGUGUACUGAGUGUGUAGUCUCUUCAAACUUAGAGGAUUUGAAAGGUUUUAUUCUGAAUAGUUAACCUGUUAAAAAAGCUUCAAAUGCUUGUUACAAGUUGGAGUACUUCAUUCUUACGCUACCAUGGGUGUCACCAAAUUGUGUGAACACAUCAAUAAUUUGUAUUGUGUUGACGCCCACAAACAUUGACAACCACCUAUUUUUGUGUGUUUAUACAUGCCAGUCUGGUUCUUAGUGACAAUUACCCUAUGAUUCUAGUAUUCUGAAAGGCUACCUCAGUCAGCUUCCAUGAGGGCCAGCCUGAGAUCGACGUCAUCAUUCCCAGGAAUCAAUGGUUCUUUUGGCUCGUACUAUCGAUAUCCUGAGGACGAAGGAGGCAAGGAAGAUCGGAAACAUAAAUCAGAAGUAAAUACUUUUCCAGAAGAUAAUAACAGAGGUAGGAAUCCUGAUGAUGUGCACAGAAUGAUGAUAUAAUAACUUGAAAAUAUCAACAUACUGACAAUAUAAUUAGUCAACAUAUUUCUUGCAAUCAAUGCUGUUAAUAUAAAAAUCUGCUAUCCUGUAAUGUUUAAUGAAACUCAAUACCAGCAAUAGGGUGUACAGCACAUUAGUUAAAAAUCACCGCAACAACCCCCAAAUAACUGUACUCUUUCUUGCAUAUGUUUUCUUGCAUUUUUAUGUACCCUAUGUUUACCUAUUUUUUCAUUCAGCAUCAUCCAACUUGUUGGGAUUACUGGUAUUGGGCUGUCAAUUUCCUGCGCGUAAUGCAAAAUGACUGAAAAACAGCAAACUUCGCAAGGCUAUAUUAUCCGCAUUUUACAACAUUUCGCAACGAAACUUUGGAAUAUUACUAAUUUUGUGAUGCUCAUUUUAUAUUCUCUCCAGCUGUUGUUACAGCACUGAAAAGCCUUCAGGAAAAGAUACGUAAACUAGAAUUGGACCGCAGUCAUGCGAAGGCAAAUCUUGAGCAGCUGUCAUCUGAAGCAAAACAAUACCAAGAAAAACUGGAGGAAGAAAGAAGACAAACAACACCUAGAAGUCAACCAACUUCACCUUCAGGUAUCCACAUUACUCUUCUCAAAAAAUAUUGAGUUAAAUGUGUCUCAAGGAAGGUUGAUCUUUUAUUUGAUAGUUGAUUAAACCAAACCAAAUGAUCAUUUUCUAAUUUUUCACAUAUUUGAAUAACAUCACAGUGACAUCAUGGAUCUAUUCACCUCCUCAACUACGUUCUGAUUUCUGCAAUAUGCAGUUGCUUGAUCAGAAUUUCACCUCAGUCACAGAGCUUUUGUUUAAUUUCUUGCCAAUAUGGCAGGUUUCUGGGUAGAUCAGAUUCUUGCUGUAGCUAUCAAUAAGGUGUGACUCUCAAUAAAGUAUAGCCCUCAAGGUACAACACUGGAUCAAUAAGGUAUGGCCCUUACUGGACCUCUUGGGAGAACAGUUUGGAAGUGAUAGAGCUAUUAUAAAUGAAAAAAGAUGUUUAGGUACAGUACUUAGAAGCUUGGAAAGCACUAUAAAAUGUCAACAGGUGAAACAAGUACUUUGAAAUAAACUGUUUUACUUCUAAUACUGACAGUAAUGCUUUUGAUAUCAAACUGCUGUAAAUUUUAUAUGUAUAUACUCGAUUAAAGGCACAGUUCAGCCUGUUGAACGAUGGUUUUUAAGUCGCAUUUCAGCCCUUUUAAUUGAAAAAACUAACUAGGAAAAUCAAUUAAGCAUAAUUCAAAAUCAGUAAACUCGACGUUUUUAACAAUAUAAAUGUUUUAAAAUGUUAAAAACAUGAAGUUUGGUGAUCUUGAAUUAUGCUUAAUUGAUUUUCCUAGUUAGUUUUUUCAAUUAAAAGGGCUGAAAUGCGACUUAAAAACCAUCGUUCAACAGGCUGAACUGUGCCUUUAAGGCCCGUUUACACUUGCAAUUUGUGCUGCGGUUUUAGGUGCGAUUUUCGUCUUCUGAUAGAUGUGAACGAGUGGAUAAGUUAUGGUUAUUCAGAUGAGGAUACAUCAAUGGGAUACAUGUACUCAGAACAUUCAUAACUCAUCUACUCGUUCACAUGCAUCAGAAGACGAAAAUCCUACUAGAAAUGUCAGCAAAAAUUGCAAGUGUAAAUGGACCUUUAUACUACUAUGAUUAGUUGAAGUGAAUAAUAACCUGGCCACAGCCGAAGCCAAGUGUAAUUUGUUGGAAAGACAACUGGAAUACAUGCGCAAGAUGUUACAGUCAGCCGAAGUCGAUCGCAACGAUGCAAUUCAACGGUCAACAACGUUAGCACAACAAGCUGCGAAACAAGCAUCACAGCAUGUACAGAGCAAACUUGAGAAGAUUUCUGGAUUGGAGAGACAACACAUUCAAUUGAAUGCAGCUCAGAAUGUGGCCGAGGUAAUGCAGUGUUUCACAGAAAUGUUUGGUGGCGAAUUCAGUCAUUGAAAAGCAUCACGCUUCAUGUAGCCUGCGAACAGUCUACAACAGAAAUUUCUGCUGUACGAGAAGGGAAAUCUGUCUAUCUCAUUUAUUCUGCAAUUUUAUUUGCUUCUUAGAGUAAAAUUCGCGAACUUGAAGAAAAACUACAGGAAGAAAGACAUAAACGAAAAUUGAUCGAAGAUAAAACUGCCGAGGUACAAUACACAUAUUCAACAUAUGUAAAAAUGAGAAUACCGUGAUUAUUAUCGUUCAUUUAUAAAUGCAUUUUCCCAAACUUUUAGCUUGCUACCUCAGCGGAGACGAACAGAAUUCUCAUGGGAAUGGCCACCGCUUCAUCAUCUGAACCUAAAAAAGUUAAAAAGAAGAAAAAAGUGAGACGAUUUUCCUGUUCAAUAAAAUUCACCUGAGACUGAGAUUAACCCUUUAAGUGGCAAUGCGCCCAGAUGCGCCCUACUUUAUUAUUUUACUUUGUCUAACGCCAGACGAUUUUACUCGUCAGGGGGAGAGUGCUGCUACUCAGUGGGUUAACACUGUUGUAACUCGCCUCUGUGGUAACUUGAAUGAAAAAUUGGCAUAAUAUUCCACGCGUUACCUUUCAUAUAUAGAUAAAACGAGCAGCAGCAACAACGACACACAUUCAACCUCAAAGUCAUUACAGAGUGAACAUGGGUAGUAUCCCGUUCAUCGCAGGCACUGUAAGUAUAUAUACCACUGAAAACAUUAAGUAAACCUUACUGUAUUUAUAUAUACUGGAUGGCUCCAUCAGUCAAUUUAUACACGUCCAGUAUUGUCCAAUGUUACUACAGGAGAAAACUCGAGUAUAUCUGGAGAAGAUCUGCGAUGUUUGGUCGAGUCAACCUAUUGAUAUUCCCAUAUAUAAUAGGGAGUUUAAGUUCGAAUUUUGUUGGCAGAAUUUUUGCUUAAUUUCUUCGCUUCAUCUUCUCGUUCUUAUCUCAAAAGAAUCAUCAUACAUUAAGUUUUAAAAUAGCAAGUUGAUUCCCAUUUAUUACCUUGUAAAGCGAAAAUUAUUAACCCCCCCCCCCUGGCGUUUGGCGUUUGAACGCGAAGCUUAAACUCCUUACUGGGUGACAACGGCUGGGUGAAGUCACAGACUCUACUAACCAUUGUGACCACUGUCACCAACAAGUAUCGUUUUAUAUAUAGUGUGUUCAUCACUUUCAAUUUUUUCUUUGUUUUGUAGUCUACAUCAAAGUCGCACAAUGUUGGUGCUAAUAUCCAAGGAGCUCUAUCAUUAUUAAAGACUCACAAUCCAGUGUUGUGUAAUGCCGCGACGAAAACUCGUCGCAAGUAUUGCCGUACCAGUUCCCUUCCCUCGGACUCGGACCACGCCGCUGACGUGACCGAAGUACUGCUUGGCUUACAAGAUGAGUUUGGCAACAUGGGAUUGUAAGUACUACACAUUUUAUGUUGUUGUAUUGUAUACUAAUGCGCCGAAUGACGAAAGUUCUUGUUCCAGAUUUUUAGACCUCGCUGGUUGUAUCGAACCUCUGGGAAGAACAGUUUAGUUCGAUGUCAGGUCGGUUCGGUCUAGCAAGUGAUCUAAAAAAAUUAUUUUCCUUUCUUAGCGAACAUAAAGAACUGCUAAAACAAAUCCAGGAUACAGAGGACGAGCGAUUACGUGGGGACCUGGAACGAGAGCUCGAUCAACUUGUCGCACGAAUGGAAACGAAAGGCGAACAAAUCGCGACGUUGAAACAACAUCAAGCACGCUUAACACGCUCCGGAAAACGAAAAAAGAAACGGCCCACGUCCGCAAACGGCGUACGCGAAACGAAAUCUCUGUCCGUGAGAGGUGGAGAGGUCGAAGUCGUCACAACGGUGAAGGCGAAAAGUUUACCGCGAAAUCUUGAGCGCGCAAAAUCCUCGAAUCCUGCAAGACAGAAUUUAGACGUUUUACAAAGUAUGCGAAAGCUUCAGACGUCUCUAAGAAAGGACGAUCUGAGUUGGGAUUAACUUUAGGGGAAUGUGAACUAAUAUAUAUAUAUAACACAAAAACAUUAUAAAUUAUAAUAACAUACAAAGAUGUAAAUAUAAAUUAUUGAAAAGACAUUCGUACGCUGAAAAGAACGUGUAAAAACCUGGGGAGGGUUUAUUUUGGGUAAUAUCUAUAUGUAAAUUAUGACAUAUUAAUAAAAUGAUGAAAUAGGAGGGUGAGUAUGCCUUUCAUUGAUGGUACAGUGGUAUGUAUACAGACAUUUUACCU